UUCAGGCGCCCCAGACUUUAAACCAAGCCCCAGCUCAGCUCCAGACAUGCACAGCAUCUCCAGCAGCACCAUAAGCCCAGGAGUUUUCCUCCUCCUGGGCCUCCUCAUACUCAGGGCAGAGCCGAGUGUAACACCAGAGAAGGGUGGGGACUCCCAGAAACCGGGGCGGUGUCCACGGGACUUCAUGCGCUGCUUGCGCCUGGAGUCCCCACUCUGUGCCAAUGACUCCAGCUGCCCCGCUGGGCUCAAGUGCUGCCACUGGGAGUGCCGGCUCCGCUGCAUCCCCCCGGCAGCAGAGAAGCCCGGUGCCUGCCCGGCAGCAGCCCCCGAGGGGCUCAUUGCCCCCUGCUCCUUCCCCUGCUUGGAGGACAAGGACUGCCUGGGAGCGCAGAAGUGCUGCCCGCUGGGCUGCGGCUCUGCCUGCCUGGAGCCGGCGCAGGACCAGCCCAAGCCCAGCGAGGGCCCCACGGUGCAGCCAGGACCAUUCCGGGAGCGGUGCCGAGGCGACAGCGACUGCCCCGACGCGCAGAAAUGCUGCAACAGCAGCUGUGGCCACCAGUGCCUGCCGAGAGUGCCGGCCGAGGACACCAGCCCUGCCCCAGUCACUCAAAGGCCACUGCAGCACCAGUGGGGAUGCUUCAAGGACGAGGACUGUCCCCCGUCCCACGUGUGCUGUCACCAGCUGUGCAGCAGGCACUGUGUGGCAAACAGCCAAGGGAAGGACGGGUUCUGCCCAGUCCGUGCCGGGCUGUUCCCCAGUUACGACUGCAGAGCCUGGUGCUGGCACGAUGGCGAGUGCCCCCGCGAGGAGAAGUGCUGCCUCCGUGGCUGCGACUACGUCUGCCUGCCCCCGUCCCGAGAGAAACCAGGCAUCUGCCCGCUGGCUGAGGAGGCUUCGCUGGCCCCGUGUGGCACCACCUGCACCAAGGACUGGCAGUGCCCAGGGGCUGAGAAGUGCUGCAGCAGCAGCAGAUGUGGUUACGUGUGCUCAGCCCCCGAACCAGAAAAACCCGGUGUGUGCCCAAAAGUGAGGCCACAACACGCAUCGGAGCCGUGCACGGAGAUGGACUCGUGCACCCACGACAGGGACUGCUCCCGGCAGGAGAAGUGCUGCUUCUCUGGCUGCGCCAUGCGCUGCACCCGCCCUGCCCAAGAGCACGCCGGAGAAUGCCCCCGGGCAGGGCCGUGCUGGGACCUGCGGCGCCGGCGCGGGAGCCAGUGCCUGGAUGACAGUGUCUGCCGGCGAGAGGAGAAGUGCUGUGACACCGGCUGUGGCCGGGAGUGCGUGGCCGUGCCCAGAGACAGUGGGGACAAAGCUGAUGGCCGGUGUGUGGAGGAGUGCCAGGCUGAUUCACAGUGUCCCCGGGGGCAGCGGUGCACCAGCAUCGGCUGUGGCCACGUCUGCAUGGAGAUCCCUGGAGGCAGAGUGGGAGUGUGCCCCAUGCCCAGGGAGAGGGGCACGUGCUUGGACCUGUGCAACUUCGACGAGGAGUGUCCCUGGGGCCACAAGUGCUGCAGCAACGGCUGUGGCCACGUCUGCACGCCAGCCUCCCUGCAAGAGCGUGACACUGUGGCUGUGCCCCAGCCCAGUGCUCAGCGGUGCUCAGAGGAGUGUGAGGCCGACUCACAGUGUCCCUGGGGACAGAGGUGCACCCGCACCUCCUGCGGCCGUGUCUGCAUGGACGCUCCUGGAGGCAGAGGUGGAGUGUGCCCCAUGCCUGGGGGCGGUGGGACCUGCCUGGACCUGUGCAGCCUCGAUGAGGAGUGUCCCUGGGGCCACAAGUGCUGCAGCAACGGCUGUGGCCACGUCUGCACACGGGUGCCUGGUGAUGCUGUGUGAUGGGAGAGCAGUUCCUCUGCAGCAGGAAGCUAGGGGACAUGGGACAGUCAUGAGUCCCAGCUGGCCUCUCCCCUCCCCACCACCUCCAGCAAUAAAGACUGUG